GGCGUUGCCUCGGAAGCUGGGGUGAAAGCUGAGCGGGGACCGCCCGCUGAGGGUCCUGCGACCCCUCCUGGCAGCCUCCGAGGCCCACCUGGCCCUGGAGGACGUUGCGACCUUGGCCGGGACCCUGUCUCGCCGAGCCUGGGGAGAAGGUUUACAGCAGUGGCAGCACCCAUGGCUGGUCCCCUGUGGCGGGCCACAGUCUUUGUGCAGAAGCACAGGACAGGCCUACUGGUGGCUUCCUGUGCAGGCCUGUUUGGGGCUCAAAUUUCAUACCACAUCUUCCCAGAUCCUGUGGUCCAAUGGCUGUACCAGUACUGGCCACAGGGCCAGCCUGCCCCACUCUCCCCAGAGCUGCAGACGCUCUUUCAAGAAGUGCUACAGGACAUGGGCGUCCCCUCAAGCCAUUGCUAUAAGGCCUUCACCACCUUCACCUUCCAGCCUGUGAGUGCCGGCUUCCCACGACUUUCUACUGGGGCAGUGAUGGGAAUCCCCGCCAGCUUCCUAGGUGGCCCAGUGGUCAACAGUGAUCAUCCUGUGAUUGUACAUGGGCAAAGAGUGGACUGGCAGAGCCCAGCAGGCACCAGACUGAGAGAUGCCCUGAUUCUGUCCCAUGAUGCCCAGAAAUUCGCCUUGGCCAGGGAAGUGGUAUACCUGGAGAGCAGUGCAGCUGUCUUGCAGGCUCUGCCGGCCCCAGCUUCCCUGGCAGGAACUUGGGCACUAACUGUGGGUGCCAAGCAUGCCCUGGGGCUCUAUGGAGGCCCAAUGAACUUACGGGCUGCCUUCAACUUAGUGGCUGCAGUGGCAGGCUUUGUAGCCUAUGCCUUCUGCACUGACUCCCUUACUCUUGCCUUGGAAGCCUGGCUAGACCGCCGCACGGCCUCCCUGUCUGCAGCCUAUGCCCGAGGUGGAGUGGAGUUCUUUGAGAAGGUUCUCUCUGGGAACCUUGCCCUGCGCGGUCUUUUGGGCAAGCAAGGCGAGAAGCUGUAUACACCCAGUGGCAACAUCAUUCCCAGACAUUGGUUCCGCAUCAAACAUUUGCCCUACACAACCCGCCGGGACUCUGUGCUGCAGAUGUGGAAGGCAACACUCCAACCUGGCCACUCUUAAGGGCUCAUCUCAAAGACAGUUCCAGCUGGUGCAGGACCAUCUUGCCAUGAGGGGACCCUCAGCGCCUUUGCGCCCACAGCCCAGUGUCAGGAAAAGCAGACUUUAAACAGUCUAGAUCCUUCCCCACCCCAGCACUUAGGAUCUCAGUGAUAUUGGGCCAGUCCCUUUAUGUAUCUGCGCCUUGGUCUCCCGAGUUGUAAAAUGGGGAGGAUGUGAACUACCUGAUAGAAUUGUCAGGUUGUGUGAGAUUGUGAACAGAUGGGCCCGGCAGCACGGGCCUGCUGUCAAUAAACAGGACACCCCUCCUUAAUCUUUGAACUCCAGCGGGCUGCGGGAGUCAGCCCCAUCUCCACAGUAGAGGUGUUGGUGAAGACCCACCCAUGGUCUGCCGGUGGUCGAAUCCCAGGUUCCCUCUGCGCGGGCAAAGAGGAGAAACUGAGAGGCCAAGAUGAAAAAUUAGUGUAGGCCUGUCAUGUAGGGGUGGGACUUCCAGGGUGGUGUGCCCAGUGCAGAUAGCAUGUUAAGAGCGGGCUGGGCAGCAGACAAGGGGCAGUGGGACCCAGGGCCUAAAGGGGAGGUUAUCCCGGAGCCUGGCAAGACUUGCGCUGAGGGGCACCUCCUGGCAGGAGCUGUCACGAAAGCAAAGGAAGAAACAGGCCACUGAAAAGCAAGGCCCUGCAGGGAGGAGCCCUCUGCUCAGACUGCGGGGCACAUGGCAUUGGAUAGGAGCGGAGGGGAGGGGAGCUGGCAACGGCAAGCUUGACUCCCAGGAGCAGUGAGAACUGUGUGGUGGAGACAGGGUAGAUUGUGCCUGGGGUCACCCUCAGCACCCAGAGGAAGGCUGUGCACAUGGCCUGCUUGUUUCCCCUAAGGCCUCUCACGGUGGACAGAACAUACCCCACUUUUGAUCCUUUGGCAGGACGCCUAAGCAGAGAAAUGAGGACAGCGGUGAUCAGUGAGCUGGGUUUGCUUGGCCAUUCAUGUUUUUCUUGGAGAGUACUUUUCCCCUGGAAGAGCUGAAAAAUUCAGGCCUGGUGCCAGAAUUCUCAGGGUACACGAUUAGGCCAUCCAUAUCUAGGGGAGGGGGCAGAACUGUACCAGGAAGGUCAUUUAGCAGUGGCAGAAAGGUGUGGCAGGGAGCUGCGAAUGGAGAAGAAGCAGGGCAGGGAAGGCACGCUGCUGGGUCCUUGGCCAUGGGUUGGGGCAUGGUGCUCUGGCUCCAUUCUGUGCCCCCCGCUGGGUCCUUUCACCAGGUCUACCCUGACUGAGUUCCUGAUGCUCAAGCACCGCAUCUCAAGUCCCUGGGACAGCAGCAGGCGUAGGCUCAAAGAUAGAUGAGCGAGUGAGUGGGUGAUCUCCACUUGGAAAUAACACUUCAGGGGAGCUCCUUGGAAUGUCACCCAGCUGCUGCCGCCACAUGGGGUUGAUUAUUGGCUGGAGAUUGGUCAUUUAGGGUCUGAAUGUUCUGAGCUUCCCCACCCCAACUUCUCUCAAUACUGCAGGAGUUCAAAUGGCUUCAAGGCUUUCCUGCCGAUCUGCCCAAAUGAUUUAAGUAAGGGAGCCCCAAUGAGCGGGGAGGCACACCCUAAAAUGGCUCCUGGCUUGGCUCUGUCUAUUCCAAAUCACAAGUUUUGUCUCCACUCAUACUGCUUCCAGUCCCCACACCUGCUUUUCAUGGCCCACAUCCAAACCUUGACUCACAGAGCCCCACCUUGAGAUUCUGCACAUCCCUAGACAAAGUUAUCACCUGAACCCUUCAGUGCACUCUCCACCCCCUCUCCAAGUUUGCAGCAGAGAAGUAGCAACUUUUGCUGAGAAACUCGGCUGGGCAGUUCUCUCUGCUCACCACUAACCCAGCUGCCAGUGUCAGUGAUGCUCCUACCCAUCCUCAACCUCCCAGGCUUUACUUUUUUGGGCCACCAGGCAGUUCUCCCACCUCUCCUAGCUCUUGGAAAUGCAGGUCUCUCAGCUUCUGCCAUUUAAGCCCUUUGUGAGUAGCACCCGACUUUUGAUGACAUGCACCUCUGAACCUGGGCCUGCGGGCCUCUCUAAUCAUGUGUCAUCCUCUCUCCCAGGCUCUGUGCGUAUUAGUCUCACCAGCACU